AUGCUGCUCUCCACACCACCACGUACCAAGAGUCCUUCUUUCAAAACAAAUGAUACCAAACCCACCUCUCCGAGAACAGCCUCCUUGAUCUCGGGAGUUUCUCUCGUGAUCAUGUUUUUUGUAGCCAUGUAUUCGGAAAUGUUGAUUCGUACGAGCAUGAUUAUUCCCAACGACUCUGAAACCACUCGGAACAAUAUUAAGCAAAAUGAAAUGAAAUUUCAGAGUGGUCUUGUGGGCUAUCUCAUCAUUUUGUUAUGUGAUGUCAUUUCAUCGAUAUCCAUGUAUCAAGUAUUUAAAUCCAUUUCGGCAGUUCUUUCUUGUUGGGUUGCUGGUUUGAGAAUGAUUUAUUCAGUCAUCUUUGGAUGGGCUAUUUGGCAAUUAUUCAGAGGGUAUUUCAUGCUGUUCAAUGAUCAUGGAAAGGAUUUUAUGGAAUUUUUUGCACGAUAUGAAAGUAUUUGGGCGUUUGGUUUGAUGAUCUUUGGAUGGCACUUGUUCUUUUUGAGUAUGCUUGCAAGGAGAUCGAAUUUUGUCGCACCAUGGAUUGGAGUUAUGACAGGUGUGGCAGGAAUUGCAUAUUUUGUGGAUAAUUUAUUGAAAUUAACUUAUUCAGAGUAUGAGAAUGUGAAAACGUUGUUGAAUAUUGGAGUGGCCAUUCCUGCCAUUGUUGGAGAGGUUGGAUUGGCAGUAGCUUUUAUUUCACACUAUGCUAAAAGUAGGAAACAUUGA